AUGGACCCUUCCACCGUGACAGCGGAGCGCCUGUACGGCGAAAUCGCUGGACCGAGCGUGGAGGCGAAACCGAAUUUCGUCUUUUCCCCUUACAGCAUUUUCAGCGUUUUUCAUGCUGCACAAAAAGGUGCUGCGGGGGAAACGCGGGAACAAAUGGAUGCACUCGUUGCUCCCCAGGAAAGCUUUAGCAUCCCGGAGCUGAUCCAGCCACCGCAGAAAGAAGGUGCUGUUGCUCUCGAGGUUGCUAACCGCCUGUACGUGCACCCUGGACUGGAAAAAAACAAGCAGUUCAAAAAGUUCAAGAAGGAACUGGAGAAGGAAAAGAAUAGUGCAGAGACUAUCGAUUUCGCGGACGCCGCAGCAGCAGCCGACAAGAUUAACCAGUUUGUUGCUACCACAACACGCGAUCACAUUAAGAACCUCUUGAGCCCUUCAGCUCUGGGGGCUCAGACUCGCCUUGUUCUAAUCAACGCACUGUACUUCAAAGCUCCUUGGCUCACUCAGUUCCAAGAUGCUGCCACCACCGAGGGCGUCUUUUUCACUCCUUCUGGUCCUAAGCAAGUCAAGUUCAUGAAAGGGAAGCUGGACAAGGCUCCUCUUCUGGUGUCUAUGAAGAAGGAAGGCUUGGCAAUAGGUUUGCCUUACACAGACCCUCGUAUUCGCCUGUACAUCGUCAUGCCUGACGACUUGGCGAGCUUUGAGAAGUCUAUGAUCGACGACCCGCAGCUGCUGGAGACGACAUUUGCAGACAUGGAGGCUUCUGCCAUGGACAGGUCGUUCGAGGAGGAGAUGUUCUUGACUCUGCCGAAAUUCAAGUUGUCCGCAGACGACAACAAAGUUGACCUCACCGAGAUCUUCGGCAGACUGGGGGCAUCUAACAUGUUCGACAUGGCUAAGGCCGACUUCACAGGCAUCACUGGAGACCGUGACCUCUUCGUUUCUUCUUUUGUCCAUCAGGCCGACAUCGACGUCAAUGAGGAGGGCACGGAAGCAACUGCUGCUUCGGCAAUGAUCAUGAUGCUGCGCGCAAUGCCCAUGCCCAAGACCCCAAUUCAUGUUACAGUGGACAAGCCAUUCAUCUUCCAGCUGCGCUUCGUAGAUGGAGACACUAACCUUAUUCUUUUUAGCGGUCGUGUGGCUGACCCCUCAGCUGCACAGCAGUAA